CCAAACCAUUCACCUUACCUAUAUUAAUAUUCACUGUGUUCCAUAAAGACUCAUUCCAAAUAGCUUUUUGCUUCAUUAGUCUUUACAACUACUUGUAAACCAUUUCAGCUUAACUCUUUUGACUCCUACUACUAUCUCUCAUUUACCUAAAUGAACAAACUCAAACUCAAACAAAAACAAAACCAACAGUUUCAAACUGACAGACAACCACAGUUUUGCAUUUAACCUCCCCAUGUUUCAGUUUCAGACUAUCUCAACCUCGUUUUCCUCAAAACACAGUAUCAUCUCAGCUUCAUUUUCAUCUUCAGUUUUUUAUUGUCACCAGUUUUAAAAACAUAAUGGUUCUACUUAAUAGGAAGCUUAAAAUUUUGUUGCUCUCAUUCAUCUUGUUUCUAUGCUUAUUUGGUCACUGUUAUGGCUCAAGAACUACAAACAUGUUCAAGGUUAAGCCAAAGUAUCAAAACAAGGGUCACUUUUUUGGUUACUUGCCAAGAAGAAUACCUAUACCAUUUUCCUCUCCUUCAAGGAAACACAAUGACAUUGGCUUGCAAAGUUGGAGAUCCCCAUGAAGAGCCAGAAUCAGAAUCAGAAAAAGCAGUUUUGUGCAAAGGUGACUUUUGGGUUUUUGUUUCAGCUUUGUUUGGAAAAUAUGGUAGUACUAGUUAAGUGAUGUACAUUGGGGUAUGAAAUAUGAAGCCAUUAUUGAUGGUUGAUUCAUUGUUUUUUGAGUUUGAUGACAGAAACAUCUUUAUUUUGGUUUAGAUGAUAUGUAAUUGAGAUAAUAUUAUUUUGAUACAAUUAUGA